ACUUUUGCUUCAAAAAUGGAGCAAAUUUUACUAUGUUGCUUCUUCAAUCUUGAUGAUAACUCUGCAGAAGAUGGUUGUUACAGUUUCACUAUAAGGCCUGAAAAACCUGGAACUUUCAAGAUGCUGGAACCUAGCAAACCUCCACAUGCAAAGAAAUCUCGAAAAGAGAGGAAUCUGGGAAGAUUAGCUGAUGCUACCAGUUCGACUGAAAUUAUGGAACAUCAGAUCUGGAAAGAAUUUCCAGAAGACCUUUACGAAGCUGUGAUUGCAAGACUUCCUAUUGCCACUUUCUUCCGCUUCCGCUCUGUUUGUAAAAAGUGGAAUUCCUUGCCGACCUCUCAUAGUUUCUCCCAACAAUGUGCACGAGUCCCACAAGCCCAACCUUGGUUUUACACCAUCACUCACGAAAAUGCGAAUACUGGAGCCAUGUAUGACCCUUCCUCGAAAAAAUGGCAUCACCCUACAAACCCUGCUUUGCCAACAAAGUUAAUUGUCUUGCCAGUGGCUUCAAUAGGUGGUCUUGUCUGCUUUCUUGACAUUGGCCAUAGAAGCUUCUUUGUUAGCAAUCCUCUUACUCAGUCCUUCAAGGAGUUGCCAGCUAGGUCAGUUAAGGUUUGGUCCCGAGUUGCUGUGGGGAUGACUUUGAAUGAAGAUUCAACCAGUGGGGGCUAUAAAAUCCUUUGGGUGGGUUGUGAGGGUGAGUACGAAGUUUACGACUCCAUAAAGAACUCCUGGGCCCGCCUGGGAAACAUGCCCUCCACGAUUAAGCUACCGUUGUCUCUGAACUUCAAGUCACAAGCAGUGUCCAUUGAUGGGACGCUUUACUUCAUGCGUACCGACCCAGAUGGGAUUGUGUCCUACAAUAUGGUUACCGGGUUAUGGAACCAAUUUGUAAUCCCAUCCCCUCUUCAUCUGAGUGAUCACGCACUAGCAGAAUGUGGGGGCCAGAUCAUUCUUGUGGGUUUACUGACAAAAAAUGCUGCCACGUGCGUGUGCAUAUGGGAGCUGCAGAAGAUGACUCUAUUGUGGAAGGAGGUUGACAGAAUGCCAAACAUAUGGUGCUUGGAGUUUUACGGAAAGCACGUUCGAAUGACUUGCUUGGGUAACAAAGGUUUACUCAUGUUGUCGUUGAGAUCGAGACAAAUGAACCGACUGGUUAGCUACGAUGUGUCGAGCAAGGAAUGGCUUAAGGUUCCUGGGUGCACGCUGCCACGUGGGAGGAAGCGUCAGUGGAUCGCUUGUGGCACUGCAUUUCACCCUUGCCUGGCAGCUUUGGCUUGAUUUAGAAAUCGUAUUCUCGCUGCAAGAAGAACCCACAUCGGUUACUGUUCUUGCAAUGGCUGUAAGCUUUUUGCCAAUACUUAGUUUGCAGCCCAGUUUUCUUUGUUAUGAUUAAGUAAAAUGAUAUGAUCAUAUUUGGGACCGUGAUGAUAAAUCCUUCCUUUCUGUACAAACAGGCAGGAGACAACUUUUGAUUUCAGAAUGACUAGUAAAAUGCUUUUCUUUUCAAUAA